UAUUGGGGGAAUUGUGUAUUGGAAUAUUCCAUCCUUGGUAAAUGAAUUUUUAAAAUUUGACAAAACGGGACAUAGGGGAAACUUCGACAAAAUGGUACAUAGGACAAAAUUUGACAAAAUAGAACUUGGGGUAAAUCUCGACAAAACGGAACACGGGUAAAAUUCGACAAAAUACAACAUAGUAUAAAAAUCCGACAAAACGGAACAUAGGGCAAAAUUCGACAAAAUGGAAUAUAGAGUAAGAUUCCACAAAAAGUUACUCUUUUCUUUAAAAGGAAGAAAAAUUCUCGUCGGGUGAUGGUCGUUACCAAGUUUUUCAAUAUUUUCGAGCUAAACUGGUUUCUCUUCUAACUGAGGUCACUGAUCAAUUUUGGAUGGUUCAAGCAGACACAAUUUGGAAAGAAAAUCUUUUUGAAAUUAUUGAUACGGAAAGUCAGGAAUUUAUUAAUGCUGGAAUUAUUUUUGAUAGUGAAGGCUCUGAAGGAUUACUACGGUAUAUGAUAGCUGGAGGAUACUUUUUUGUUCGUUCAGCAAAUUCAACAAAAAAAUUCUUUGAAUCCGCGGCAGAAUUUUUAUUAAAUAAUUUUGCUACUGACAAUAAUGUAAUGAAUCGUUUAUGUAUUCAAAAAGCAUUUGGCGUUGAAUGUGGUCAGAUAAAUUAUAGGUAAAUUAUUUAAAGCCUAUAGAACUUAUAAGAGUUUCAACAAAAUGGUACUUAGGGUAAAACUCGACAAAAUGGUACAUAGGGAAAACUUGACAAAAUGGAACUUAGGGUAAAAUUUGACAAAAUGGUACAAAGGGUGAAAAUUCGACGAAAUGGUACUUAGGGUAAAACGCGACAGAAUGGUACAUAGGGUAAAAAUCGACAAAACAGAACUUAGGGUAAAAUACGACAAAAUGGUACUUAGGGAAAAAAACGACAAAAUGGUACUAAACAUUAAUAAAAUUAGGUAUU